AUGUCAUCAAGUGUGUUAUGCCUCGAACUCCACUCCGACUCGGAGACUAUCCGUGUGAGAGUGGACCCUGAAAGUUGUCAAUCUUAUGACCAACUCUGCAGCUAUGUUGAGAAGGCUUGGCGUGAGCUCCAAUUCCGUGACUAUCGUUUGUUCUAUAUGGACGAUAGUGACGAGCUCUGUCUCCUCAAUGAUCUCUCUCUAUCUGACGCUCUAGCUCUCGCUGACGCCCAGGGGAAAGCCACCAAGUCUGUUCCUGUUAUCGACAUUUUUGUUGACGCUUACAAUGAAGAGGCGCCGAGUUUUACUCCUCUGGAUUCGGAAGCGCUCGCGGUUGCUGAUCUGCUUGAUGGUUUGGACUAUGUUAUUGACCCACUAUCUGCCUUGCGUCUGGUUGAUUGCUUGGCAGCAGCCGACCAGGAUAUGGGUAAAGUUGCCGACUCGCUGAAGACGAAGAAGGCUACCAAGGAGGUCCAUGAGAAUGUCACUGGCUCGAAGAAUGUCAAUAAGAGUUCUGAAGGAGUUCUUGAUUCGAAGCCCACCAGCAAGGUUCCUGAGAAGACUACUUCGGAAAAGUCGGUAGCCGUGGAGAGUAAGGGUGGUAACAAGCAGGUUGUCGAGGCGAAGCCUCAGGUGACGGUCAACUGUGAGAAGAUGGUUCAGCGUUCGGGCGAUGAGCCUGAAGUUGUACGCAUGCAGAAAGAGGUCUCCUCUGAGAAGGAAGCUAAGGAUGCUAUGGUCGACUUCCUGAGCAAGUCUGGUUUCGUCACUGGCAAGAAGGCUGGUAAGGAAUUGGUCAACAGCAUGUUCCAGGACAUGUCGAGCAUUAGGGAGGUAGCAGACAGGCUUAUGGGAUACGAAGAGGCUGAUGAUAAGAAGGAUGCAAAACAG